GCCUUCCUACGAUUUGACGACGCCUGCAAGCAUGUCGGCAUCAGCUGCGACUGACAGUACUGUUCCGGAAGGCUUCAUCAAAGAUGCAACAACAGGCGAGGUGCGGGCCAUGACCGAAAAGGAGCUGGCCAAAGCACAAGCGAAAGCCGAGAAGAAUGCCAAAUUCCUAGCCAAGAAGAAGGCGCAAGAAGAGGCUGCUUCCAAGGCUGCGAGUAAUCCAAAGAAGGAGAAGAAGGUCAAGGCUGCUGCUGUGGAUACCACAUAUACUGAAACCACGCCAGAGGGCGAGAAGAAACGAUUGCAAGACCUGGAGUCUGAUGCGCUCAAGGCAUAUAAUCCGCUAGCUGUCGAAUCUGCUUGGUAUUCAUGGUGGGAGAAGGAAGGCUUCUUUGAACCUGAAUUCGGUCCAGAUGGCAAGGUAAAGCCGGCAGGUGUCUUUUCGAUGGCAGCACCACCUCCCAAUGUCACAGGUGCACUCCACAUUGGUCACGCGCUGACUAUCGCGAUUCAAGACUCGCUUUCGCGGUGGCACAGAAUGCGCGGCAAGACAGUAUUGUUCUUGCCAGGCUUUGAUCAUGCUGGUCUGAGUACGCAGUCUGCUGUAGAGAAGCAGCUGUGGAAGGAGGAGAAGAAAACGAGACAUGAUUUUUCGCGGCCCGACUUUCUCAAGCUGGUCAUGGCGUGGAAGGAAAAGUAUCACAUGCGUAUUAAGGGUCAAAUGAAGCGUUUGGGUGUCUCGUUUGACUGGACUCGUGAGGCUUUUACAAUGGACGACAAUUUGUCUGCUGCAGUGGCCGAAACAUUCGUAACCCUUCACCAGGAAGGUAUCAUUUACCGUGCCAAUAGACUGGUCAAUUGGUGCACAAAGCUCUCCACUACAUUGUCAAAUCUCGAGGUCGACAACAAAGAGCUUGAGGGACGAACGCUACUGAAUGUACCUGGCUAUGAAAAACCUGUCGAAUUUGGUGCCAUCACCUCAUUUGCAUACCCCAUCGAAGGCACAGAUGAGAAAAUCAUUGUGGCGACGACACGACCCGAGACAAUGCUUGGUGAUACAGGCAUCGCCGUUCAUCCUGAUGAUGACCGUUACAAGCACUUGCAUGGCAAAUUUGCAAUCCACCCACUGCUCAACCGCAAAAUUCCAAUUGUGUUGGAUGAUGUUUUGGUUGAUAUGGCCUUUGGUACAGGUGCUGUCAAGGUAACACCAGCACACGACCCCAACGAUUACGAAUGUGGUAAGCGACACAAUCUCGAAUUCAUCACAAUUCUCAACGACGAUGGUACGUUCAAUGAGCACUGCGGCGACUGGAAUGGAGUCAAGCGGUUCGAUGCGCGUGUGUCUGUCGUGGAGAAACUCAAGGAGCUCGGCUUAUUUGUCAGUGUUGAGGACAACCCAAUGUCUGUGCCAUUGUGUUCCAAGUCUGGCGACGUCAUCGAGCCCAUUCUGAAGCCACAGUGGUGGGUACGUCAAUCUGCCAUGGCAGAAGCUGCCGUCAAGGUGGUGCAAAGUGGCGAGCUUGAGAUUAUGCCCAAGGCCCAGGAAGCUGACUUUGUGCGAUGGAUGACGAAUGUCCAGGACUGGUGCAUCUCACGACAGCUGUGGUGGGGUCACCAGGCGCCUGUCUACUAUGUCGAAAUUGAGGGUAAUGACCACGCCGUCUGCAGGACAGAAGGUGAGUAUUGGGUGUCUGGUCUGACCCAGGCUGCAGCAGAGAAGCAGGCACAGGAAAAGUUCCCUGGCAAGACAUUCAAGCUUGUGCAGGACGAAGAUGUGCUCGACACUUGGUUCUCGUCUGGCCUGUGGCCUUGGUCGACACUUGGAUGGCCCAAGGACACAGAGGACUUGAAAAAUUUCUACCCAACCAGCUUGAUGGAGACUGGCUGGGAUAUUCUCUUCUUCUGGAUCGCUCGCAUGGUCAUGCUGGGCAUCAAGAUGACUGGUCAGAUUCCAUUCAAGCAGGUGUACUGUCACUCGCUUAUUCGCGAUGCACAAGGUCGCAAGAUGUCCAAAACGCUUGGUAAUGUUGUUGAUCCACUCGACGUCAUCCAGGGAAUCUCUUUGCAAGGUCUCAACGAGCAAUUGACUAUGGGCAACCUAGACCCCAAGGAAAUCGCUAAGGCCAAGGCGAAUCAAAAGGCUUCUUAUCCAAAUGGUAUUCCUCAGUGCGGUACAGACGCUCUGCGAUUCGCAUUGUGCGCUUACACCACUGGUGGACGUGACAUCAACCUUGAUAUUCUGCGUAUCGAGGGAUACCGCAAGUUCUGCAACAAGAUUUACAAUGCUGUCAAGUUUGCACUUGUACGACUAGGUCCUGACUUCAAGCCGGCUCGUGCUGUGGAAGUGUCGGGCGUUGCUGCAAGACUGCAAGGCGCAGAGGGCAAAUAUCUCUCGCUGGUCGAGCAAUGGACACUGCAUCGCUUCAAUCUCGCUGCGCAACAACUCAAUGCAGCCCUUGACAAGAAGAAUUUCUUGGACGCAACGACGGCAAUUCAUGGAUUCUGGCUCUAUGACUUUUGCGAUGUCUUUAUUGAAAACUCCAAGUAUCUCUUUGCUGCUGGUACUGAAGCGCAGGUGGCGAGUGUCAAGGAGACGCUUUACAGUGUGCUCGACGGUGGUCUCCGCUUGAUUCAUCCAUUCAUGCCGUUCCUGACUGAAGAGAUGUGGCAGCGUUUGCCACGUCGCGAAGGUGACAAGACACGUACAAUUGUGCGUGCAGAGUAUCCUGUCUAUGAAGCGUCCUUGGCUAGCUUGACUGAGCAAGCUGCUGCCUAUGAAAUCAUCAGCGAGGUCGUCAAGACUGCGCGAUCGGCAAUGGCUGCAGCGGGCGUCAAGACGGACGCGACAGUGGUUGUGCAUGCUGGUGGCAAGCAAGCGUUGAUUGAGCAGGAAUCUGGCUCCAUUGUCGCAUUGGUCAAGGGACUGGAGCGAUUGUCUGUCGAUAGUGAAACGAAGCAGGACGACGAGGCAGUGCGGGUGACUGACGAAGUAUCGCUUGUACUGCAGAAGUGAGUGCGCUUGUAGAUGUCCUAGAUAUACGAGGGUAGUGGCAUGUCUGCAUCGACUUCAUCG